AUCUCUGUUUUUAAUUAUACUAGUUUUUUUGUUUGUUUGCUUGGGAAGCUCCAGCUGCAUUCUUUAUUGGCGGGGCAGGAAAAUUGUGUUCCCCCAAAACACAAGAAGUUAAAAAAUGUAAAAUACUAAUGACAGUCUACUGUCAACAGGGCGGGGCGUGACAGAUGGAGUUAUGGAGAGGAAUAAAUGGAGGUGGCGAGGGGAGGAGAGACGGACGAAACGGACGGACGCCACGCCCUGCCCGCCGGGGCUGCUUGCCACUCCUCUCUCUUCCUCAUCCAUCCUCGCCCCGGCCCCGCCCCCAGAACCAAACCAGCCUCCCUCCCCAGCAGCUCACGAGAGAGCGCAAGCAAGUAUUACUGCGCACCGCCUCGCCCGCGGGCGUCAGCGUGAAGCUGCCGCACAGCUACCCCGCGAGGCAUGGGGAUGGACGCCGGCGGCGGGAAGCUGCCGUACAGCUACCCCGCCCACCAGGACGGCAAGCUGGUGAAGAGCUUCAGCCGCGUGGAGCCCCGCAAGUUCGGCCUCGCCCUCGUCGCGGGCUUCCUGCUCGUCACCUGCGCCUACUUCUCCACCGCCAAGUUCGACGCCAUCCACGUCGCCAUGAUCAGCCCCGUCUCCGGCAAUGCGGCUGGGAUCGGCCCGCUAGUGGGCGCCGCCAACGCCGACACCUCCGACUCCAAGCAGCGAUUAGAUUUGGGCAAGCAAGACCCGGACGACGCGCUGUCCAGGUCCGAGGAGGAGGAGGGGAGCAGGGCCGACGAGGUGCUGGAGAAGGACGACGGCAAGGCAUCCUCGUCGUCGGGGACAGAUUCCGGCAGCAAUGCGCCGCUGGAGGACACGAGGAGAGACGAGACCUUUGUGGGGGACAGCGGUGGUGCAUCUUCCGCGGCGGGCGCCAGGAGUGAGGCGGUUCCUGCCAGGCACGAGCACGACGAUGACGCCCCCGCUGCCGCCCUGCUUCCUCCCGUGACGUCAGAGGGAGCCGCGAACAGCACGCAAGGAUCAGGAGUUCUUGAGGACGAGGAGCUGCAGGUGCAGGACGCUGUCGCCAAUCCUUCCAAGAGGAGCAACGAUUCAGCCGCCACGCGCAGCAGCAGCAGUGGCCGCUCGCCCUCUGUGGUUCACUCUGAUCCUGCCAUCCUCCCUGCUCCCUCGCAGCAGAUUGCUCCUGCUGCUCCUCAAGAGGCAGAUAAGGCUCUUGCUGUUCAGCAUAUUCCAGCGAUACCUGAGGUUAAGCAAUCAGAUUCGGAGACGCCGGCGCGGGAGUGGAAGCCGCUGUGCGACAUCACCUCGAACCGCCGCAUCGACUGGUGCGAGCUCGACGGCGACGUCCGCGUGCUGGGCGCCAACGCGAGCGUCACGCUGGUGGCGCCGCCCGGCGGGGCGGACGGCCGCACCUUCCGCGCGGAGUCGUGGCGCAUCAAGCCGUACCCGCGCAAGGCGGACCCGAACGCGAUGCGCGUCGUCCGCGUGCUGACGGUGCGGUCGGUGCCCGGCGAGGCGCCCGCGUGCACGGACCGGCACGGCGUCCCGGCGCUGGUGUUCUCGGACCGCGGGUACACGGGGAACUACUUCCACGCGUUCACGGACGUGAUCCUGCCGCUGUUCCUGACGGCGCGGCAGUACGCCGGCGAGGUGCGGCUGCUGGUGACGGACCUCCAGGCGUGGUGGGUGGGCAAGUUCGCGCCGGUGUUCAGGAGCAUCUCCAACUACGAGCUGGUGGACCUGGACCGCGACCCGCGCGUGCACUGCUUCCGCCACGUCCAGGUGGGGCUCACCAGCCACGACGACUUCAGCAUCGACCCGCGCCGCGCCCCCAACGGCUACUCCAUGCUGGACUUCACCGGGUUCAUGCGCGCCGCCUACGGGCUCCCGCGCGGCGACGUCGCCGCCGCCGCUGGCCCGUCGUCGAAGCGGCGGCCGAGGCUGCUGCUGAUCGCGCGCGCGCGGACGCGGCGGUUCGUGAACGCGGAGGAGAUCGUGCGCGGCGCGGAGAAGCUCGGGUUCGAGGUGGUGGUGUCGGAGGGGACGCACGAGGUGGCGCCCUUCGCGGAGCUGGCCAACAGCUGCGACGCCAUCAUGGGCGUGCACGGCGCCGGGCUGACCAACAUGGUGUUCGUGCCGACGGGCGGGGUGGUCAUCCAGGUGGUGCCGCUGGGCGGGCUGGAGUUCGUGGCGGGCUACUUCCGGGGUCCGUCCAGGGACAUGGGGCUGCGCUACCUCGAGUACCGGAUCACGCCGGAGGAGAGCACCCUGAUCAACCAGUACCCGCGCGACCACCCCAUCUUCACGGACCCCAACGGGAUCAAGAGCAAGGGCUGGGAGUCCCUCAAGGAUGCCUACCUCGACAAGCAGGACGUGUCGUUGGACAUGAAGAGGUUCCGGCCCACGCUCAAGAAGGCCAUCGCGCACAUCAGGAAGGCCAGGGCCAAGGCCAACGCCGGCGGCGGCGGCAACAACUAGGCAUCGCCGUACAUGUGCUCAUUCAUCCUCCUCUUACUCUACUUUUGUUUUUCCUCCCCUCCUUUUCGGAUUAUGGCAGUACUUGUAUGUAGCAAGCAGAAAUCGAUCAAAUGUAUAAUAUGGCAGGGAAAGAAGUUAGAGCAAAUCAUAUAUUCUCUUUUCCCCCCACUUUUCGGUGAGGGUCAAUGGUGGAUGGAGAGUAUGAUCAGGA